AGCAAGAUGGCGUCAGCAUCAGAACAUCAGUGUGCUCCAGACAGCGAACUGGACGAAUUGUUAGACAGUGCUCUUGAUGAUUUUGACAAGACCAGUGUGCCGCCUGCGGCCCCUACUGCCCCUGAUCCAAGAACGACGAGUGAUGAGAAGCCUCCUCUGUUGGAGGACAGUAAGAUCUUCGAGUCUCUCUUUGAUGGUGAGAUGGCCAAUCAAGCACGUAAGGAGUGGGAGAAAACCAUAGCUGAGUUAGCGCAAGAAGAACCUGAGCUUCUACAGCAUUUUCAUAAGCUGUCUGAGGCAGCAGGUAAAGUAGGCACAGAUGUAGCUUCACAACAAGAGUUCAGCUCCUGUCUUAAGGAGACCCUUAGUGGUCUGGCGAAAAAUGCAGACAACCUCCAGAAUGCAGGACUGGCUGGAGAUGAUCUGGUAAAGACCUUGGAGAACCUGGGAUUGAAUGAAAAUGGAGAGGGAGGAGAUGAUGGCAAUAUUCUCCCAAUUAUGCAGUCCAUCAUGCAGAACCUUUUAUCCAAAGAAGUUCUAUACCCUUCUCUUAAAGAGAUAACAGAGAAGUACCCUGAAUGGUUGGAGAGCAACAAGCAAUCCCUUCCCACAGACCAGUUCAUGCGGUAUGAGCAACAGUACAAACUAAUGGGAGAAAUAUGCAGCCAAUUUGAGAAAGAUGGAGACAAAGACGGCACGCUUGAAAACAUUCUUGAACUCAUGCAGAAGCUGCAAGACUUGGGUCAACCUCCAAAAGAGCUUGCUGGAGAGGCACCUCAUGGCUUGAAUUUUGACCCAGAAUCUCUGCACCUUCCUGGAGCGCAAGGGGUCCCAGGACCAGAGCAGUGCUCAGUCAUGUGAUCUCAAUGAGGUCAAAUUAAUGUACAUUUGAAAACGAUACAAUUUGGAGCUAAUUAUCUGAACCUGAGUUGGACACAGUUGAUCAUGCUCCCCUUUUAAUGGAGUUUGCUUUUGAGUCUGCACUGAAACUGUGAACGUUCACUACAUUACUUUUACUUCGUAGUUCUUGUCCACAGAGGUUCUUUUCAUAUUCAUCCUUAUUCCGUUCACUGUCUUCACUGUAGAGCAGCUCUUAGCGUUUUGAGUGAAGCUUGAUAUCUCAGUGUGCUGACAGCUUGGUAAAAAUCAAAGUUUUCUGAAUUUUGUAAAGGUUUUACACUUUUACUUCAAGCACAUUUGACAGGUAUUGCGGUGGAUUGUGUUUUGAGUAAGUAGAGACAAAUGGACAGGAAAGGUAUUUACAGAUUGAUUGGUUUAAUUUUAUUUUAAAAUCUCAGAAGAUUGGUCAGGGUCAACAAAUAGCUUCCAUCAGAUUGAUGAAAUUAAUUUAAUAUACAGUGUAAUGUCCAUUUAUUCUCACACUAUAUCAUGUAUACUAUUUCUGUGAUCUGACAACUAAUCUGACCAAAACGCAUCUCUCAGAUUCAGCAUUUUCAAAAAACUAACUGCAGACACUUCAGAUAUAGGCUGAUAAUAUAUUGAUAAUAUCAUUCUUUGACCCAUAGACUGCAUUUGUAACCGAGUAGAAUAAUUAUCUCUCCCUUUGUCUUCUAAUGGUUACUAUAUCUAUCUGCAUAUAGAGCAGCUGAAGUGUUGCCAUGUAAAUUUAAAUAAUUCCCAUCAUUCCUAUGGUGGUGCCUCUUUGUGAUGUGUUAUUUUCACAAUGAUAUAUGUUAUUUUCGCCUUGAAUAUUGAAAGAAUAAAAGACAUUAGCUAUAUCUUAGUAUGGU